AUGAAGAGCAACAACAGCCUAAAUCCUUUGUAUCUUCAGUUCACUCUGUUUGCAGACUUUGGGCCCCUCAGAUAUCUGUUCUUCAGUCUGUGUCUGUUGCUCUACAUGACUAUUGUCUCUGCUAACGUUGUCAUUAUUCUGGCAGUCUGUCUGGAGAAGUCUCUGCAUCAGCCUAUGUAUAUUUUUAUCAGCUGUCUGUCGUUUAACUCUCUUUAUGGCUCAGCCGGCUUCUUCCCCAGGUUUCUGAUGGACAUUCUGUCCGACACUCAUUUAAUCUCACGUCCAUUUUGUUCCAUUCAGAUAUAUGUUAUUUACACCUAUGUAUCAUGUGAGAUGACUUUCCUCAGCAUCAUGGCCUAUGAUAGACUUGUUGCUAUUUGCCAGCCUUUACAUUAUCACAGUAAAAUGACAUUUAAGAUGGUAACACUUCUUGUGAUUUUUGCCGUGCUCUACCCUGUAUUUGCUAUUGGUUUCAUGCUCUAUCUUACUGUCAGAUUACCGCUGUGUGGCAAUAAACUGAAUAGGCUGUUCUGUUCCAACUUGCCUGUGGUUCAGCUCUCUUGUGUGGACACAACUCUGAACAACAUAGUAGGUCAGUAUCUUUUAGUCACAACCAUCUUCACUCCCCUGUUCUUUGUCCUGUACACCUAUCUCCGUAUUCUGCUUGUUUGCAGGAGAAGCUCGUCUGAAUUUAGAGGAAAGGCGUUCCAGACCUGCCUGCCACACAUCAUCACAUUCAUCACCUAUUCUCUCUCUGUCUUCUGUGAGCUGUCAUUGACUCGAUUUGAGGCUGAUAAACAGAAGAGGGACAGACGAUCCCCGUUCCCCGUCAUUGCCACUGUCGAUGCUGCUUGCUGGGUGGCUCGGGAGGCGGAUUGGACGAGGUGGAGGCCGCCCUCAUGGUUCUCCGACCUUGUGCAGCCUGUUGGCGAUGUUGUGCCGCCUGACGCUGCGGAGGGGGACCAGGCCCAAAAAGCCUGUCAGAAGCUAUGGGGCCGUACAGACGUGUAA